GGAGGCAGCGGGCUGCGCCGCUCGUGUUCUCGCAGCCCGCCAUACGACGAUACCGCGUGUGUGCAAAUGAUUUUGUUUUUAUGGCGCUCAUAUAUCAGGUACUACGAGUGUUGGUGCUGGGUGUGACCGCGGCAGCCGUCGACGAUGUUCAGAUAACAUGGUCGCAGAGUCCCCGCGCCGCGUCGCUGCCGUGCGCGGUCGUGGAUUGGAGUCGAGUGCAACCCCGCCGACCGCCGCCGUUGAUCGACGAAGACCGAUCAAGGGCGAAGCCCUUUAUAUGGAGGAAGGGCGAUGACCAGAUCAACCCUAAACGGGUUGCUUUUAACGGUACGCUGGAAGUGAGCCGUAAGAGCGGUGGAGGCACGGAAGGAGUGUACCAGUGUGCAGCUUGGGAUCACGGAGGUCAAAUCCUGGGAUACCCUGUACAUCUCAAGUUUUCAUAUAUGGACAAACAGUUCUCGGCUCAGCCGGAAGAUGUUGCAGCGAGAUCGGGCCAGCCAUUGUCCAUACCUUGUCGCAUAAGCUCCGGCCCCGCAGCCAACGUGUCCUGGACAAGGGACGGUGUAGCUCUGCCACAAAAUAAUAGAUAUUAUUUCCUAAACAACGAAUUGCUCAUCACAGAUAUUGAAAAUGAAGAUGCUGGGAUAUAUAGGUGCAUAGCAACGAAUAACAACGCAAAUAAGACCCGUACCAGUCGGGAAGGGAAGGUGACAGUUACGGAACCAGUUAACGAGGAACCCUCUUUCCUCACUGUGCAACAUGAAGAUCACAGCGCUGUGCCAAAAGGGGAUAGUAUACUUCUCCUCUGUCCUGUUCUUGGAUGGCCUAGACCCAAGUUAAUAUGGGAACUAACGCCACCUGGUGGAAGAACGAGUGAGCUGGAGGUGACAAAGGAAGUCUUGACUCUCUCCAAUUUCGAUUAUGACCAGGAAGGUGUUUACACGUGUGCUAUAGAGGGUCACAGCGAUUUAGUCAAGACUUUCAACGUGAGUUUAACAGAACCAGUGCGCAUUACCCUACCGCCGCUCCCGAAAGAGGCGAUGCGUGCCAGCACCGUACGCUUCAAUUGUACCGCAGUUGGCAGACCAGAGCCUGAAGUCACGUGGUACAAGGACGGGCAGCGGCUAACUCUGGCUGGACGGAUAAAUUUACGAACGUCCGCCGAUCGCAAGCGCAUCGAGCUAGUGAUAAGCGGUGUUACUUCGGCCGAUGCAGGCGUGUACCAGUGCUUCGCGCGCAGCGGGCGGCGGCAGGCGUCGGGCUGGGCGCGCCUGGACGUGACGGGGCCGGGCGCGGCGGCGCCGGGCUCGGUGCGCUGCGCGCCCGCCGCCGCCGCCGCCGUGGCGCUGCGCUGGCGCGCCGCCGCCGCGCGCGUCGUCACCUACACCGUGGACGCCACGCCCACCGACAAACAUGGCGUAGCGAUCACGGGACAACCACACCAAAACACCGAGGAGAUCGUUAGACUUAGAGAACCAUUGAAACCUUACAUCUUUCAAGUGCGUGCAUAUAUCUCGUCGCCCACAAACAAAUAUAUCAUACCAAGCGAUAUGUCGGAGAGUGUCGUGUGUCAAGGACAAGGAGUUCCAAUAAAAUUAACAAAAUUAGAAGACGACAAGGUGCUGGUGUCUUGGAAACAGUUCGCAGAUGAAACUCCAGGAGUCAUGGAGUGGAUUUUACAGUAUCGAAGCGAGAACGAAACACAUGAUGAAGAACACAAUAUUACUUUGGCCGCGAAAGUCGUCAACUACACAUUGACAGCUCCUCCAUCUUCUCCGCUCUUGGUGCGACUGCUGGGAUCGCGAACCUUGGAGUGGCUCCCACAGAACCUGACGCUGGUGCCUUGGUUCUCUACUACCACUGCGGGGCAAGAUAACGACGACGGCGUGGUAACAGUUCUACCUCAAGACCUAGAAGUGACCGAGGUGGGGGAACGGUGGUUCACACUGAAAUGGCGAUGUGAAGACGCUUCAAGAUACACCUUCAUGGUUUGCGUGAGGAGAAUCGAUGGCUAUGACGAGUGUCAGGAAAGCUACAAAACCAUUACGACUAUAGAAGGUCUCCAGCCGGAUACUGAGUACGAGGUGCGGGUGCAAGUUCGGAUUCCGGGCAGAGCACGGGGCGGUGCAUUCACGGCGCCUUACCACGUCACUACACAGCCGGAGGGUCCGCAGCGCUUCAAGGAGCUGUCGUACAAGUUCGUGAACGCGAGCGCGCUGCUGGUGUGGUGGCGCGGGGCGCGCGCGCGCUACACCGUGCGCCACAGCGCGCAGCUGCGCCUGCCCGUGGAGCAGUGGGCCGCCGUGGACGCCGACGGCACGCAGGCGCUGAUCAACGGCAUCGAGCCCACGGAGCAGACGUACGUGAUGGUGACGGGGUACGAGCCGCUGGCCUACAGCCCCAUUCUGAACAUUCCCGCGCCGAUGAAGGAGUUGGAGGCCAAGGACCUGAAGUACGCGUACACGGCGGCGGGCGUGCGCGUGUGGUGGGGCGGCGCGGGGGGCGCGGGCGGCGCGGGGGGCGCGGGCGGCGCGGCGGGUGCGCGCGCGGUGCGCUUCGCGCAGAACAUCACGCAGCCGCUCGACGACUGGCGCGUGCUCAACGUGACCGAGCCCGACGUGGAGCUGACGAACCUCGACCCUAACCUGCCGGUGUACGUGAUGGUGACGGCUGCGGGCGGCGGCCGGCGCCAGCACGUGCUGACGGUACCGCCGCGACCACCCGCCGCCGUCGGUGAUCACUUCUACUACUACAUAGGGCUGGGCGUGGCGUGCGCGCUGUGUGUGUGCUGCGCGCUGGCCGCCGUCGCGCACAGGGUUUGGACUCGCAGCAAGGCCUCGCAGCGGACGCGAAGAACGCCCGUCACAACAGUCGAAGGGCAAGAAGAGGAGGGCUCUGAAAUGAAGACGGCGCGCGUGUCCAACGGCGGCGCGGGCGAGCCGCUGCUCAACGGGCACGUGCACAUCACGGAGAACCCCGCCUCGAAAACACCAAAUGGAAGGAUGAAGAAGCCCCGGCGCGCCGAGCCCGCGGCCUACGAGGCGUUCGACGUGUCGCGGCCCGAGCUGGACGCCACCAUGGAGACGGUGCUGGACGAGUCCGCCUACAACCUGCUGGACACGUCUCGCCGGCCCGAGUACGACCUGUCGCGCUCCUCGCAGAACCUGAGCGCCAACAACUCCUUCAGCAAGCUGCCGGACGACAACAUGAACUCCGAACUGACCAGAAGUACCGAAUUCCAACUCGACAACAGCAAAAUUCAACCCACGUUGCAGCCUAACGGUUGAAAUAUAACACGCCGCGGGUUUUCAGAACUACAUGGGGUGUAGGCGACCCUAGGCCGGUUCUAACCGGUUACGAAUAGUUAAGCUGAAUAGGAUGAGAUUUUGUACAGUUCAGUUUUAUAUUAGACGGAGGUUUACGACCGGUUUGCGCGAGGAUAGCUUGGCGUUUUGUUCCUAAUAGACUUUAUUUUCAAACGAAGGCUGAUUUUAAAGUUAACAAUAGUACGGGUAUCCAGUUAUUUAGUUCUCAGAAAAAAAAAUAUACACGUAAAGUUAUUCUCGCUUAAACUAAACGCAAUAGAGUCCAUUUUAAAAUAAAAUUCAAAUGUAUAUAGGCAUUUUAGUGCCCUCCGUGGCGUGUAUAUAGCGUUUAUCGGCCUGAGAUUAUAAUCACCGAGACAAUAAGGUUAAAAUGGCGCGAAAAAAAUAACCUCAAAUAUUUCAUUGCGCCGUUAAUCGGCUUACCACGUAAUUAUAUAAUUAUAGGUUGAAUACAGUGCCUGCGAAUAGUACACACCAAAACACCUAUUAAAGUAUAAUAGUUCACCGUUAGUGCAACUUGAGCGUACAAAAUACAGACCAAAAUUAUAUCCAAACAGCCCUUUAUUACCUGAUACAUGUAAAUAUCUCGAACGUAUUUAUUGAUGUUGAAUAACGUAUUUAUUUCUGAUUUUUUUUUUCAUAGACAGUUUUUUUAGACAAAGCCUUAGAAGCUAUCUGUUAUCUUCAUAAUCUACAUUCCACAUAAACUAUAUACUUACUAUAAACUAUAUACGUCACACCACUAAUAUAAUUCUACUUUUUUUUUUUUACUCAAACGCACAUUUUUUUUAUAUAUAUUAUAUACCUGUUAAAGUUUUAUUAGCAGUUUUUAAUCACGCCAAACAUU